AUGGAGCAGCUCUUCUCCUUCGUUCAGCUGCUUCAGCCUCCUGGAUCCCUCUCUCCCCGUCCCAAUCCCACUCUGACCUCCAAAAGUUCCGAGAUCCGAAUCGCCAAGGAGGAUGGCAGUGGAUGGAACCCCUGGGGAAGGAGGGGAACGGAAAGGCUGCCAGCUCCCUUCCUCUUCCCCUGCGUACCCGGGGGUCUGGGGAGGAGGGUUCUCUCUCCACAGGCCAGCUUUCCAAGGAGCACCUCCAGCGAGCUCUACCGUCGGUGGGCCCGGUACCGGGCUCAGUGUCAGGAUGCUCUAGCUGCUGCUGAGCCAUCACCGGAGCUGGCCUGCAAUGGGACCUUCGACAUGUAUGCCUGCUGGCCCCACUCACCCCCUAACACCACAGCCAGUACCCCCUGCCCCUGGUACCUGCCCUGGCACCAGGAAGUGACCACGGGCUACGUGCUGCGUCUCUGCGAGGCGGACGGCCAGUGGGGACCCUGGAGGGACCAUUCCCAGUGCGCGGCUCCAGAGGAGGAGCAGGUCUUCCAGGUGAGAUCACUGAGGGUGGGAGGAAGCCCAGCCCUUUCCUGGGGAGAGGAGAACUCGCUGUCCCAUGGGGAAAUGCGCUGUGUCCUGUUUGUGUCUUCCUUCAUCCAGGAUCAAAGGCUCAUUCUGGAGAAGCUGCAGCUGGUGUACACAGUGGGCUACGCGCUCUCUCUGGCUGCCUUGCUGCUGGCUCUGCUGAUACUGGGCUCCUUUAGGAAGCUUCGAUGCACCCGGAACUAUAUCCACAUGAACCUGUUCAUCUCCUUCAUUUUCCGAGCAGCUGCCAUCCUCACUCGGGAUAAACUGCUGCCUCCCUUGGGCCUGCACAUUGGAGAGCCCUCUCAGGUGCUGCCCGGUCAGUCCCUAGCCGCGUGCCGAGUGGCUCAGGUUGUGACCCAGUACUGUGUGAGCGCCAACCACACGUGGCUGCUGGUGGAGGGCGUUUACCUGUACAGCUUACUGGUGUUGAUGGCCUUCUCGGAAGACAGUCACUUCAAAUGCUACCUGUUUCUUGGCUGGGGAGGCCCCGCGCUCUUUGUCGUCCCGUGGGUGAUCUCUCGACACCUCUACGAGAACACUCAGUGCUGGGAACGGAACGAGAUCAAGGCAAUCUGGUGGAUUAUCCGCACGCCCAUCCUCGCCACCAUCUUGGUUAAUUUCCUUAUCUUCAUUCGAAUUCUGGGCAUCCUGCUGGCCAAGCUGAAGGCCCACCAGAUGCGUUGCCAGGACUACAGGCUCAGGCUGGCCAGGUCCACACUGACCCUGGUCCCCCUCCUGGGCAUCCAUGAGGUGGUGUUUGCACCAGUGACAGAGGAACAAGCAGAAGGUGCCCUUCGAUACACCAAAUUGUACUUUGAGAUCUUCCUCAGCUCCUUCCAGGGUCUCUUUGUCAGCAUCCUCUAUUGUUUCAUCAACAAAGAGGUCCAGGCUGAGAUCCGAAAACAAUGGCAGCGGUGCCAGCUGGGCCAAAUUCUCUUGGAUGAGCAGCACCUAUCCCAGGACCGCCGCAGGGCCCCGGGUGGGGAGGGAGAGGAGGCUAGCCCGGCCUCUGAGAGCUCCUGCUAGGAAAGGCUGCAAUCAUCCUCGUGCUCCUCCCGACAGAGAAACAAAGAUGCAUGUGUUAGCAAAAAUGUAUAACCAUCGUGCCCAUUUAGCCAGCCCUAAUGGGAGGUUUUGAGAGCUCCUUUGCCUGGGCAAGGAGGCGCAAGGUGGAUUAUCGCUGGUUUACCGAGGAAAGCAGUGAGGCUCCAGAAGGCUACAUGACUCGGUCAGAGGGACAUGACUCUGGAGAAUCGCGGACCUCAGAUGACUAUGAAACUGCUAAGGACAGGCCAGGGCCUGUGUUCAGGAGCUGGACCGAAGAAUAGAAUCAUGGGUUCUGAGAGCCACAGGGUCAUUUAAUCCAACCUGCCUGAGCUAGGGGUCUCUCUGCAGCAUCCGGCCUCCUGAGGGGAAGCUCAUUACCACCCUCUCUCCCCUGUCCUACCCUGGCAGACCAUUAUAUCCUUAGACAAUCCAUUAUUAGGAAUUAUCCUCCCUUCUGUUUUUAGCAUCAGAAGAUCUGGGUUCAGGUGCCAUUCUAUCGAUGACUUCCUGUGUGACGUUUAAUGUCCCCAUUCUCUGGGUCUCAGUUUACCCAUUUAUGAAAUGAGGGAGCCUGGAUAUCAAAUAAAAAUUGUAAUUCCUGCCUCUGGAACCAAGCAUAACAAGUCCUUCACACAGAGCUGGUGUCAUAAAAUCACAUCUUUAAUGGCCUUGCAGUGCAAUUAGUAGCUGAAAAAAGCGCUCCCUGUGUCACAUCCUGGACAGGCAGCCAUCCUGCUUGGGGACCUCCAGUGAAGGGGGCAUCACUGCCUCCCGAGGCAGGCCCUCCAGUGACUGGGCAGGAGGACAUUUCCCCUCUAAAUCUGCCUCUUGGACUCCCCCUCCAGCUCACGCUCCUGCCCUCUGGGACCAACCAUGGCAGGGUAGAUUCUUCUCCCACACAGCUGCUCUGUCUUCUGACAUUUGGAGAGCUAUCACAUCCUUCCUGAGUCUUCUCUUCUCCAGGGUAAAAGCUCCCCAGUCCCUCCCCAGAGGACAGCAGGAACGUCAUCUUUGGCAUCCCGGAAGCUAUACCGGUGCCCACGUGGCCCAAGAUCUGGCUUUUCGGGCUGCUGUCUCACCCUGUAGAAUUACAUUGAGUUGUCAGUCUCCUAGAAGACCCUUGAUGGUCUUCAGCUGAGCCGCGUCUCACCUCUCCUACCCAAAACAUGGCAAGUUUUGAACCCAAGUCUAAGACUUCAUAUUUAUUCCUGUUUCAUCUUAUUAGAUUCAGCUCAAUUUUUAUUGAGUUGGAACUUCAAGUGCCAACUGACUCCUUUUACAAAUGGGCAAACUGAGGCCUGGGGGUGUGGGUGUCAAAUUGCUUGUCUAAGGUCACUUCCACGAGAUCUGAAGGUCCUGACUCCAGAUCUGUGAUCCUUCCCGUGUUACCUUGGCCUGUGAAGGUCCUUUUGGACCCUGAUGCCGUCACUCCCGACAGCCCCCUCUGUCCUUAUUAAAGUCUCUGACCUUCAGCAGCCGAGCCGAGUGCAGAUCCCAGAGGCUCCUGGAGACCUCCUGGGGGAGCACCGGAACCAUCAGUGCCAGCUUUUUGGGUCUGCCCCUUCUGAAUCCUCUCUCUGGCUCUCGCAUCAUCUGGCCUGUGUCUCUCCAUCUGUUCCACAAGAACCAAUGAAAUGUUUUGCUGAGAUUUGGGUCAACUAUCUAUGGCAGUCGCCUGAUGUAUUUGCUUAGUAACACUCUCAAAAAAAGCAGGAAAAUUAGUUUUUAUGAUUGGUCCUCUAUGAAGCCAUGGGGGUACUUGGUGCUUCCUGCUGCUUCUCCACCCUAUGUGCUGACUGUCCCUUCAGUAAUAAUUCAUUUCAGGGGCAGCUAGGGGGCGCAGUGGAUAGAGCACCAGCCCUGAAGUCAGGAGGAUCUGAGUUCAAAAGUGACCUCAGACAACCAACACUUCACACUUCCUAGCUAUGUGACCUUUGGCUCCCUCACUCAAGCCCAAUUGCCUCAAGGGGAAAAAAUUCAUUCUAGAAUCUCUCCCAGGAAUUGAGCUCAUGGGCCUAAAGUCAGGAUGUUUGACCUUGGGUUGUGGUCUCUCUCUGCCCCCCCUCACCUUUUCUAAGCCCCCUGAUGGGGCUCUGCAAUCAUAUGCAGCAAUGUAACGCUCCUGGGUCACCAUAGACUGGUCAAGAGCAGCUAAGGGCCUCUCCCUUUCUUCUGACUUGAGGAUCAGCUCCCCACUGGCAUUUCCACUUUUCUUUCCAGUCUAAAACUCUUGGUAAAUAGAAACACUGCUCCUCCCUCUUGGCCCACCCAGCCUCUUCUUCACUAUCCAGCAUCGUUGGUCUGAGACAUGUAAUCACAUCCACAGCUGACUCUUCUAGAGACGUUCUGCUUCCUCCUCUCCCACAACUAGCUACUCUGUUGGAGAAAAUUAGAUUCAGAAAAGAAUUCCCUUUGUUGUUUCCAAAAUUACCAUUAAAAUAAAGGCAAAAACGACUUCGUGUGUACAAGUGAUAUCACAUUACCUGUUUCCUUCUCAAUGGGUGGGUGAGAAUUUGGAAGUCAAAAAUGAUCUUCAAAAAUGGAUGCUAUUGUACACUUCAACAAUACUACAUGAUGAGCAAUUCUGAUGGACGUGACCCUCUUCAGCAAUGAGAGGAC